UAUGUGUAUCUUCACCUACUUUAUUUCCUUGUAUAUUGCAAUCCAUUCUAGAUUUAGAUCUCUAAAAUUGUUUCUUUACAGAAGAGAAGCAUAGGAUAUUUGAAGAAAAGUAAGAACAUCUUUUAGUUAUGUGGGCGUAGGUUCAAGAAAAACCAUAAUCUCCUUUCUCUGAACACAUUCAACCUACAUUCUCUAACAUUUAGACAUGGCAGAUACGCCAAUCCGAUUCGGUGUUCUGGGUUGUGCAGAAGUAUCGCGGACUCUAUCGAAGAAGCUAUCGAGAGCUAUAACACUCUGUCCCAACUCAACCCUCGUUGCCGUUGGCAGCAGUUCUCUCGACGAGGCCAAGGAAUUUGCUGCGAAGAGCGGAGUUCCUCCGUCAGCGAAGAUCUAUGGAAGCUACGAAGCUGUCCUCGAUGAUCCAGAUGUAGAAGCAGUGUAUGUGCCUCUUCCACCAAAACUGCACUUGGGGUGGGCGGUGCUGGCUGCGAAGAAGAAGAAGCACUUGCUUUUGGAGAAGCCCGUGGCCUUGAACGUGGCUGAGUUUGAUCAGAUCGUGGAGGCCUGUGAGGCCAAUGGAGUGCAGUUCAUGGACGGAACCUUGUGGAUGCACCACCCUAGGACUUCCAAAAUGAAGGAAUUCCUCUCCGAUACGCAGCGUUUCGGUCACGUCAAAACGGCAAGCUUCUUUCAUCUUAAUAUCUUCUUUGUUCACAGCAUCUUUUCAGUUGCUGUUAAUGAUGAUUUUCUUAAGAAUGACAUCAGAUUAAAGCCAGAUCUUGAUGGGCUUGGGUCUCUGGGUGAUGCUGGGUGGUACUGCAUCAGGUCUAUAUUGUGGGCUUGUGACUAUGAACUUCCCAAGACACUGGUUGCCCUCCAUGGAUCUGUUCUUAAUGAAGCAGGAGUGAUCUUGGAUUGUGGAUCUUCUUUACAGUGGGAAGAUGGGAAGACAGCAACUUUCCAUUGCUCAUACCUCUCCAAUUUGACCACAGAUAUAACUAUAGUUGGAACAAAAGGAACUCUACAAGUUAAUGAUUUCAUUAUCCCUUAUGAAGAGAAAUCUGCUUCAUCUUCUGUGGCUUCUAAGACUGGAUUCAUGGAGCUAGUGGUCACAUUAGAUCUCCCUCAGGAGAUAUGCAUGGUGAGGGAGUUCUCAAGGUUGGUGAAAAGUAUUAAAGAGUGUGGUUCUGAACCGGAGAGUAAGUGGCUUAGCAUCCGCAGGAAGACACAACUGGUUAUGGAUGCAGUCAAGGCAUCCAUUGCGAAAGGUUUUAAGCCCAUCCAGCUUGGGGUUUAAGCCAGAUUGAGGGAAAAGGUUCUGGGCUCAUCGGGAGUAGCUUUCUAAAAGCAAAAGGUUUUACUUUAAUCUACUCUAUCAUUCAAAGAACUGCUUCCCAAGAGAAUCACUCAAUAAAAUCAAAAGAAAUGCAAAUGUAUUCUAUCCUAUAUUCCUUUAGGCUUAAAGAGAAUACCAUACUACUUAGGGCCGUUUAAUUUUGUUUCUACUGUUUCUAGACACAGAAACAAUAGAAAUGGUUUUUUUUGUUUUUGUGCUAA